CCUUAACCCACCCUUAAACCUACCCAAACCACCAAACCUGUCCCUAACUUUUCCCAUAUCCCACCUCAGUAGCAGCAAUAGUGUUUUGCAAUACAGUAUGAACACAAUAAGUGUCAGAGAGUCACCUCAGUCUCCACUAACAACACUCACCAGAUCCCAAUCCCCUGAUUUCUAAUCACCGCCACCUGUCAACACUCAUCAACAACACUAUAUCCCUGCACUCCUCCCGUUCACUCACUGUCUGGUCUCAAACUUACUAUGUUGACUUACCUGACCCACUUACCUGUUUGUCUACUUACCAGUUGCUCCUGUGUUCCUCUCCGUUCUCCACUGCUCCAGCUCUCCACCGUCUCCACGCUCCGCUGUUCCCUUGGGAUCCCCUGGAAUAAGGAAAAGGACAUUCAUACUCAGUCAAACAUCACAGACUCUUGAGUGUUCUUCUGGCGUCUCUGCUCUCUAACACCAUGAUUACUCUGGCUCUGCUCACCUGUAUUGUGCUGAGAGCAUUCAGCAUUCAGGCAAAAGUGGUCGACAGCUUUGACGAGUGUAGAGAGUUCUUCUACAAAAACACAGAACCAGGAGGAAUGGAUCAGAAUGCCAAGAAAAUCUGCCAAAUGUAUGAAGAAGGAGGACCAUAUCAUUACGCUACGCUGUACUCUGUUCCUCACAGGAUCCCUCUCUACAGUGCCUACACAUUGGACCCUGACUGCUCAAGCACUCCAGGAGUAACCUGUGAUAACAAGUGGCAUGUCGAGCCACAGAUUUCCCAACAUCAAAACCCAACUAAUCAUAUGGUGCUUGAGAAGGACUCUGAUGAGAACGUUAUUAAAGGAAAUCAAUCCAUCAGCAGCGACUACAAUGACACCGGAUAUGAUCGUGGACAUCUAAACCCCAACACCUUCCAAUACAGUGAAGGCCGUAUGGCAACGUGUACACUGACCAACGCUGCACCUAUGGAUGCGUGUUUCAACAGUGUCCACUGGAAAAGAUGGGAGAGCACACUGAGAAGUUUCUUAUUACAGAAGCUUGUCAGUGUUCAUGGUUCUGCAACAGCCUACAUUGUCACAGGGACAGUACCCAAUGCAACUGAACGAAUACCACAGAAGGGAACCUCUGGAGACAGUGGAAGGGUGACAGUGCCCUCUCACAUCUGGACAGCCGUCUGUUAUAAACACCACACUGAUGACUCAGAGUCUUUCUCCUUCAGCUUUAUGGGGAGAAACCAGUCGGCAGAGCCUGGCAUAAGCCUGAUGAGAGUCUCAAACCUGAAUGAUCGGCUCAGUGAACUCUAUAGUGAGCAGUCAAAAACCCCUCAGCUGAUUAAGAUUUUUGUUGAUGAGUGUGGUGAAAACAAUAAGUUAAACAUGAUUCAAGAAAUGUUUCAGAAAUUAGUUAAUCUGCCAGUGAACGAAGGAGUCAAAAUGAGCCCAGAUGUGCAGAACAUGCUUGGUGCGUUGAAAAGGAUUGUCAGCAGCGACAGCAUAUCAUCUAAAAGUAACGUCAAGGUGAGGAAGAUGACAUCAAAUUUAGCCUUUGACAGCAUGCACGACUAUUACACUGUGACAGAAGAGCUGAAGGCUUUUUCUGGAAUUUCUUGUCUUCUGACUCAUGCCAAACCACUAGAUAUCCAGGAUGAGCUCAGAAAGAGGGAGGUAUCGGAGGGCUCAGAUGCUGUUGAGUGCCUGCUGGUCCCAGAGAAGCAGAAGACUGCAGCUGACGGCUCACCCUGCUCAAGCAUCUCAGACUCUGGUGAAAGCUGUGAGUGUAAAACAGCAGGUGACACCAAGCCCUGCUGCUCCUCUCCCUGCCUGUACCACGACAGUCUCGAGGGCUACAGGUGUUACUCAGGCCAGACGCAGAUACCGUGCUCACCGCCAUACUCAGUCAUCACGUAUAAAGGAGAAAGGUGUAUGGAUGAUUACCAAUGUGCCACAUAUGGCUGUGACUUCUACUGGUGCUGGACUGGUUCCUUACCACACAAUUGGGACUACUGCAGCCCUCCGCUCUGGCACAGUAAGGCCAAAAAUUGGAAGUACUGCCACAGCAACCACGCCUGUGCCAAAUAUGGUUCAGAAUAUAAGUGGUGCUACACAGAUGACGAAGGCAACUGGGAUUACUGCUGUACCUCUGAUGACUGCUACUCAGCUGUGAAUGACCAAACCUGCAGGUCUGAUCACCUCUGUGGCUAUCAUGGCUACAGUUACCUGUGGUGCUACACGGAUGAUAUAGGCAACUGGGAUUAUUGUUGCAAAGAUUGUCAUUAGUUGAUUUGCAAUGUUUAAUUAUUACUAGGGCUUUGCAAAGUUGAUUGUACUUGUUCUACUUACUAACCUUGAAACUUUCAAACAAAAAAUCUCAUGUGCAUGUGAAAUUAACAGCAGCUUAAAAUGUAUAUUUCACUAAUGAUUGUAAGCAAAAACAAAAUAGCUCAAUAAAAACAUACAUGAAUCUAAGGAAUACAGAUUCUUACAUGAAGUAGCAAACUUUGUUUUCAGUAAAAGCAGAUCUCUGACAUGAGUGUAGACUCUCACAAACACACAUCUAGGCAAAGCUUACAGAAUGAUGAUGUGAUUGUCAUGAUUGCUCACCAAAUGCACAGACAUCUCCAUCCACUGACACUCCUCAACAGAAGUCCACGCUUGAUAAGCAGCGCAAGGAAUGUGGACUUACAUUUAUACUUUCAUGUCAAAUUUAUUAGUGUAGCACUUGCACAAUACAUUCCCAAUCAAAGUUUUAUUGUUGCAGAAAUCAUAACGUAGUGUCUUUACAUUCUCUAUUAUGAACAGAAGCUCCUAAAGAAAUGACCCUGUUCUCUGGUCGAGGAGGUAACAUAAAUAAAGAGAUCUCCAUUUUCUACCCUUUCCAAUUAUAUUAAAGAAAACACCACACAACAAAGAAGCAAAAGUGACUUCAGUGUUGAGCCUGGACAAAACACUAAACCAAAAAUAGCUACUGCCUAAUCUGUGCCUGCAGAUACCUGCAGAAAACUCUGCAGAAUGUAGCGCCCGUUAUUCACAAAACCUGCGUGCGCGCGUUUGUGAGGAGAAAUGAGCUGAGCUGUUAGACGUGGUGUUUUUAAUGUGAGAGUGUAUAAAGAAUUUAAUAUUUAAAAUGAUUAAUUGUUUUUGUCUUAAUAUACGCCAAAUUCAUAAUGAUAAGAUUGUAUGGCUGCUGGGUGGUAUGUGUAGGCUAUUUUUCAAACGCGGUCACAGCGGUGCGGAGGUGGAAAAUAAAUGAAUGGCCAACAAAGUCACGAUACGUACAGGGCUCUACAGUGCCGUCAUUUCACUUGCAUUUGCGACUGAAAACUACUGCGUGCGGCUAUGAAAAAAUAUUUAGGAUCACCAGUGCGACUGACCCGAUCAGCAUAUUGUGUUUGUGUUCAGGGGAGCGUCAAAGGAGACUUACAACGUGUUUGUGCAGCAUUGAGUAUCACAGACAAAUCUGUUUGAUUCCUUAAAUCCUUUCAUUAUAGCCUAAUAAACAAAGUGUAGACAGAGUGUAAAUAAGAGAUUCAUUGUGCAGUGUGUAGUGAGCUUCGUUGAUUAUGAUGGAACUUCGUGAGAUCACGAUGAACUAAGAUGAGGUCGCGCUCACCCAAAGCGAACUUCUGCUAACACCGUGAUGACGUCAUAUUUGGCGCGCGCACCCAAGCGAACUUGCGGACGCAUCAAGUAUAAACCUGGAUUCUCUCUGCGUCUGUCCAGCAGACUCGUCAGUAAAUGAGUACAAAACAGUGUUUCCAAUCACCUGCCACUAACUGACUGUUCGGAAUUAUAAAUAUGAGCAUAGUUCGUCUGUUAAUAUUAUGCACUUUUUUAGUUUGUUACUCAGAUGCAGGCAGUGCGCUGCAUGAGAUAAAAAAGUAAUAUAGCCAAAACCACCGCAUAGCCACUCUUUAGUGUAACGUUAGAUGCAUGUUGAUUUUAUCAGACGAUGUCGCGAUUAUAAAUGAGAGUGACUCCUGGUUAACAUGUAUUAAUGGGUCGUGUGUAGUCACUAUUUAGUGUGGACUUUGUUUUACAAUAUUUGCAAUUUUUUGCAGUGAGAGGCGCCUUUUUUGAAUUGUUUUCUGUUGGCAGUGAGCGUUCUCCCACUAAACAUUGGACGUCGGAUAGACGUGCAGAUCAUGUCUAUAUUGGGUCCGUCGGUCCAUGACCAAUUCUGGACAUCUAUUCGACGUCCAAACUAGGUCCUCUAUUUGGACGUCUAACCAUGACCCAAAUUGGACGUCAGAUUGACGUUCAACAUUUGACCUUUGAACUGGGUAUUUUUUGGACGUCAUUUGGACGUCUAGGUGCAGGAAAUUUACAUGAUUGUAUGUAAUAUUUUUUUUAUUUACAAAUAUCAACAUUGUUGUUAUCAACAUGAUUGAUACAUAUGAAUACAGAUUUUUUUUUAAUAAACAGUCACGAUUUAUUAUGUGUAUGCCAAAUAGGCCAUGUUUUUUUUUUUUUUUUUACAUUUUCCUGUUUUUCUUUAACUGGUUUAUUUAUUCUAAGUAGCCUAAUCAAGUUAUUUAUUUAUUCAUUCAUUCAUAGAUGUAUUUUUGCAUGUAUAUGUUUAUUUAUGUGGAAAUGCAAUUUGUAGGAAAAUAAAGUUCAGAAAAUAAUUUAAUGGUAGCAUAUUAGGUCUGUUCACCUUAUUCCUAACUUAAAAAGAACCAACAGCAGCAGAAAAGUCAAGGACACGAGGACAGGAUUUCAACCAUAGACUGUAAAAAAUUAUUUUACAGGAUUUCAACCAAAGAAGAGCUAUUUUUUACAGUCUAUGCCAAAGAGUCAAAAACCAGUCAACGUCACUCUGAUUGGCUGAGGCAGCACAUCAGCAUAACCCAACCAGUAAACGCCCCUCUAAUUGGGCGAGGCAACGCGUCAGGCAUUUUGGCGCGAUUCAAGCAUUGCAGAAUAACGGCACUGCACACAGCUCUUCAGCCUGCAUCCCUGGUGAACCCAUCAAUUCCUCUAAAUUGAAGGUAAGUUCGGUCAGCCUAGUGAAUUCUAUGUCCAUGUGUACAUAUAGUGUUAGGUAGAUUAGCGUUAUUGUCUUAAACUUCACAAACCUGCUGUGGUUACAGCCGCGAAUGGUCAAGGGCGUUAGCCUUAACGGCACACAAUUUUUUUUUUUUUUUUGCGUUAGCUUGCUGCUCUUGGUUCAUGUUCAGUUUCGAUGUUAUUUUAGCUGUCCACGAGAGAACAUGUCAAUUUGAACAAUUUGGGACACUAAACUGCACGUAUAAUGUUACCGCUAGCAGAAUGGCCUGGAGUUCUGACUGACUAGCUCGUUGCUAACUAACGGUAACUAGCGCCCGUACGUUAUACGGGGUGCACAGAUGAUGCAAGGUUGGUUGAUACCCUCAGUCACUUUUAUCGUCCAUGAAAGGAACAUGAUACGUUUUAUUGUAAACCAUUAGAGGUGUUUUGUCUCUGAUACCACCCCAUUGGUACAAGAAGCAAACACAUAACGUUAGGUUGCACGUUGUUAUCUGUCUGCUAGCUAGCUAACGUACCAUUCUACGAUUUCGUUUUGGCUGUUCUAUGGGCUUUUCCCAACGCAUUCACUCUUGAAUAUCGUCAGAAAUAAGGAAAAUUAAUAUGUAACGGGGUCAUAAACUCAAAGCACGUAAUUUGUGUGUAUGCUCUAGGCCAGUGGUUCUCAAUGUGGGGCGCGCCCCUCAGGGGGGAUGGGGGUUACUGCGCGGGAGAUCAGCAGAAAAAAAGGGGGGAAAAAAUAGGCACUCUCCAAAGCUGCUAUAGAGCUCCGGAUGCUGACGUCACGCAAUCUAAACUCCGCCAUUUUGGCAGUCAAACAAGAGAGCGCCAGAGCAGCUGUAGCAUUGGUAUCGAUAGCGGUCGAAUGAUUAUUUAAAGCUAGACUGUUUAAACCUAAAUAUUUCAACAUAGUGGACAGCUGCUGUGCGCCUGGAUGCCAUAACAGAAACAUUUGUGAUUAAAGGGUUAAGAUUUCAUGACAUUUAUUGUCUCAAUAAAGGGAAAAAAGGGAAAAAAAUAUAUACUAUGGAAGUCAAUGGUACCAGAAACUGUCUGGUUACUGACAUUCUUCUAAAUAUCUUCCUUUCUGUUCACCAGAAGAAAGAAAUUCAUACAGGUUUGAAACAACAUGAGGGUGAGUAUAUGAUGACAGAAUUUUCAUUUUAAAGUGGAGUAUCCCUUUAAGAAAGCAGCCAGAAAAAUGGAGCGCAACUGGAAGAAAACAAAAAUAAAGGUAUUUCGCAUUGCAUGGAAAGCAAGCUCGAUCUUAUACAGAGAGGCAUUAAAAGCUGCUAGAUCUGCUUAUUUUUCAACCCUAUUAGAAGAAAACAAACACAACCCUAGGUAUUUAUUUGAAACAGUGGCAAAACUAAUGAAAAAUAAAACUCUAAAGAAAAACUAUUAAUUAUAUGAAUCAUAUUGAAUGUAAACAGUGAAGGCAGUGUUAUUUUACAUUUGAUUAUUCAAUGUCUGUAACUUAAUAGUUAAUUUACCUGAUAAACAUAAAGCACUGCUUUAUUUCACGUGUAUUUGUGUUUUAUUGUAUUUAUAUAUGCUUGUAAUUUGUUUAUUAUUUUCUAUGCAGAUGCUAUAGGCCUACCCUACAAAAUGACCCCGAUCAUCCUAGAAUUAUUAAUUCUUUACAAAAAGAGCUAUUCAAAUCAUCAGGUGAAACUGUUUUCAGGAAGGAGUAGUAAAGCAAGAAGAAGUGCUAGAUAGUUUUUCAGAAUUUCAUUUGACUAUAUGUGCCUAUAGGGGUGGGCCGGGGAUGGCGGCAAUGUAAGUAUCUGGAUAUUUGCCGCGGGACGAGGGCUUCGAUUACCUCUCUUUUUUGACCAUACAUGUGUUUGCACCCCUGGGAAGUAUUGGAUAGCCUAGAAUAAAAUACAGUGCACUCGCACACUGUUACAUUCUGAGUGUCAGUUUAAAAAAAUAAUAAAUAAAUAACUUUAUUAUGGACUUAUGCCAACAGGUGCUGCAAAUUUCAAGAAUUGGUAGGCGGAACACCAAGGACUGUGUCCACAAAGUGUUGGACAGGCUCUUCACCAACAGCCUCAUGGCCAAAUUUAAUUUGAAGGGCAAGGGGAAAAGGGGGAAACGCCCUUUAGAGGGAUCAAAGGUUUAUAUAGCAAUACAAGAUGGGAUCAUGAAAUUUGAUUCCACAGCCACUGAGGACUGCAUCAAGGUGAACGUGUCUGAGCACCUCAAGCACGCGCCGCAAAGACUUGGAGGUGGAGGAUUCACUACGCCCUGAUGAGCCAAGCCUAUACAGGACUUGAAAUAGAAGUUCAAUUAAGAGUUCAAUUAAAUUAAUCUAAAUAUUUGUUCAUAAUUCUGCCUCCAUUGUGCUUGAUAUGUCUGGUGCCCUUGUGAUGCCACUCAGGGCAAUUUAUUUUUGAAUAAAGAUGGUAAAGGCGAACUUGAAUUGUGAUUUAUUUGUAUGUGUAUGCAUGUUUCCAGAGCGUGGAUUACAUGCUUUCUGUGCCAGUUAAUUUUCCUGUAGCUUUGUUUGGCUCAGCAGCUAGAUUCAACAGGAAAUGUGUCUCCAGUUAUCACCCGAUGCUGAGACAAUCAAAUGGAGUUUUUUGAAAAUUAUCUAGUCCCAUUUCAGAAGGUGGCAUACAGUUCCAGAUAAUUUUCCAAAAACUCCAUUUGAUUGUCUCAGGAUGGGCGAGACGUCACGGGCGGGUGACGUAACGGCCAGGAGGCAUAAAAGCACGUGCGGUGGAACAGGCGUCAGCUUU